UUUCGCUAAAUCAUCUUCUAUCAGGCCUUUAUUUCAGAUUCACUCUACUUCGUUUCUUAACUCCUAUAGAAGUCAUGGGUCUCCGCCUGCCAGGGAAGUCACUUGCCAAGCAGAUUCUUCGGCGCUCUCCUUCUGCUGCAAUGACUGUGGCAGAUGUCCCAAAAGGUCACUUUGCUGUUUAUGUUGGAGAGAAUCAGAAGCGUUUUGUAGUUCAUAUAUCUAUUUUGAAUCAUCCUUCAUUUCAAGACUUACUAAGUCGAGCAGAAGAAGAAUUUGGGUUCGCACAUCGAAAGGGUGGUCUUACUAUUCCAUGUCAUGAAGACACUUUUAUUCAUCUGAUUAGUAAUCUAAAUAGCUCAUGAACAGAGAAACUAGUAAUAUACAAAUGUAAAUAUGGUCAUUCGGCUAUAGGAUCCUAUUAAAAGCUGAUUCGAGUCAUUCGACAUUCUAACCAAAGCUAAAGGAAAUGGGUUUUACCCAUUAAACUCUACAACUAGUUUUCUGUAAUGUACCCUUAAAUUAUGUUAAUGAAGGAAUAGGCUGCAA